AUGGAUUCAUUCGCACCAAGAUACUUCUGGUCGGCCUUAGACGGUGAGCGCGUCUACAACACCGGAACCGCCUGUUGCAGUUGCUUACGGCUGCGGAUAUACAGGAGUGGAAAGACAAGCAUACAACAGGUCCUGUUUGAGGAUCUGAGCCCGAAGCAGGCGUUCUUUGUUGAACCAACUACGAGACUGAUGAAACAUAGAGUCGACUCCUUCAUUCCUCUUGAAAUAUGGGACUGUCCUGGAACAGUGACAGUCGAAACCCUUGGUGUACCCCUAUCUAUAUUCACAACAAUCAUUUUCGUUAUUGACAUUCAAGAUUCGUACCACAAUCCGAUUGCUCGGCUCAUCGACUUCUUUGUGACUGCCUUCCAAGAAAGCCCCGAAAUCAAUCUCGAGGUGUUCGUUCAUAAGGCGGAGUCCAUGACAGAGGAAUAUCGCACUGAGAGCUACCGGCUCAUCCAGACACGUCUAAUGGAAGAAUUGUCUGACCUUCCGCUGUUAAGCAUCAAUGGCGCUUCUCCAGCGGGGCCGUCGUUCGAAGCACAGCAAAUUCCGUACAUGUUCCACCUUACAUCCGUCUAUGAUCAUUCUCUCCAAGAAGCAUUUGCGCGCGUCUUUACGCGCAUCCUAGCACCAGGAUCCCUUCCCUUCCUGGAGGAACUUUUAAAUGCCUUUAUUUCCACGUCAUCCUCUGAUAAGGCAUUUCUUUUCGAUACGAAGGCGAAAUUUUUUGUCGCUACCGAUAGUUCACCCGUUGACGCAGUUACGUUCGGACUAUGUUGUGACUACGUGCACAUGCUCAAUCAGUUCGGGUCGCUUUACAAGUCGGUAUUAUUUACCUCAUUAAAUGUGCUUUAUUUACUUAUGCGUCUUCUAGGUCUGCAAUCACUUCACCGUCCACACAUCCACGUCGUUCAGAGGUUGUCCCUUCUCCACAGUCGCAAUCGCCUUAUUCAACACCUUCAGACGUUUCACUACCAUCAAGCCCUAAAUCCGCAAAGAGUCGUCCGGAACAAAGCUCACAAAAUGCUUCCGCUUCCGCCUCCCGUUCUCCCACACCUACCCACACCGGCUCAACAAACAGCUCAGAUCCGAAGGCACCUACAUCUAGCCCGUCCUUUUCACGCUCCCGGUCGAGUACAACCGCCAAACCAAUUGUUUCAGAGGAGAAUGCGGAAACUAGUAAGAACACGAAUACUAACCGGAAGAAAGCAUUGUUUCAUCCGUCGUCGGCUGCGAGCCUGA